AUGGCGCCCAGAGAAGUACCAUUCAUCAUCAGUACAUUCCACCCGACAAAGGCGACCGAGUCGCAGCGGAGAAUCGCCUUGUCGCACGCCGCUCGCUCAGCGCAUGCCAAGGCCAGGCGCCUGCGGACGCUUCAAUACCAGGCACAAAAGAAACAAGAAUACCAUGCAAGCCUCUCACGAGAGACUCAAGGCCUUCCGAUCACUGCACUGGACACAUUCCUGCCAGCAGGGAGGACAGACCCGUUCAUCAGUUUCGCAAGGGUCUUAGACCCCACCGAGCAAUUUCUCUUCGAUCACUACGUCAAAGUGGUUAUACCUCUAAUGCGCUGCAACGAGACGCAGGUGCUCUUCUCGCAGCGCAUGAACAGUCUCUGGGUCCCUGUCGCGAUCACCGAAUCCAGUCUUCUCGACAUUGUGCUUCUUGCUUCGAGUCGACAUUUGUCGUGUUGUUACCCGCAACAGCAGCAGGAGAAGCAACGUUUCUUCACGCAAUUGACACUCCAGUACAAGUCCCAAAGUCUGCAGUCACUGAGACGCGCUAUCUCGGCCGAGGUGCCGGCUUUGGAUGAUACGACGGUCGCAAAGGCAAUCAUGCUCGCUUAUGACGAGGCACGUCCCUUAUAUGUUCGCGAUGCCACUAUGCUGAAGCAUCAUAUCGACGGGGCUGUCAAGAUUGUCGCUCUGAAAGGUGGACCCCAGACCUUGGGCUUGGAGGGACUUCUCGAGCACUUCCUUUCUAAUCUCAUUGCCAAAAUGAGAGGUGACUUAGGGGUUCAUGUCAUGACUCCCUGGGAUGUGUGCUGA